GUGUGUGUGUGUUGACAGGAAGGGUGUGUGUGUGUGUGUAGGAUUACUCUCAGGAAACUACAAACACUCAUUGUUUCACCUUUGAUGUUUCGAUGGCUGUGACAUCACACACAAACCGACCAAUCACUGAGCUCCGUUAACAACUCAACAUGAAAUCUGUGACUUUGUUUCUGUCGUUACCUCCGGACCGGGGGGGCGGAGCUUCAACUGGUGCCUCACACACCUGGAGGGGGUGGAGCUUGAGUGUGUAAGAGCAGGUAAAUGGUCAGUGAGCCUCAGUCAGAGGAGACACUGCAGCUGCAGGUGAAGCUGCUGAUGACAUCAUGAGCACCUCCUUCUCUCCUCCAAUUGCUGACCAGUGUUCUUCUUACCUCAGUAUCAGUGUGUCGCCCUCUGCUGGACACUGUGAGGCCCGCACUCUUCCUCAGCCCUUUCUUUUCUGUUCAUCCAACAUGGACACCGCCAGCCUCAGCCUUUACAGAGGCCCCACCCCCACGUUUCUGCCUUACCUGACGCCCUUCCAUCACCACGCCCACUUCAGCGUCUACGAGUGUCCCUUUGAGCCGGCAUUCAUCCAGAAACGGAACGAGCGGGAGCGUCAGAGGGUGAAGUGUGUGAAUCAGGGUUACGCCAAACUGCGGGACCACCUGCCAGGUCACCUGCCACGUCACCUGCCGGGUCACAGUGCCGACAAACGCCUCAGCAAGGUGGAGACGCUGCGUGCCGCCAUCAGCUAUAUCAAGUACCUGCAGCAGCUGGUGGACCUGGAGGAUGAGAGCAGAAACACCGAGUCCAACAGAACCACCGUCUGAGGGAGUCAUGUGUUAGAACCCCUGACCGUCACCAGGGUGCGCUCACAGACAAACCUUCAACUUCAUUUUCAGAAACCGAUGAAAUCUGAUGACAUGUGACAGUACUUCCUUCCUGCAGGUGGUGCUGUUUGUCUGCAGGUCUGACAAAGUCGGAAGACCUCGAUCUUCAUCAAAACUGUUUCUAAUAUUCAGGUUUUUUUCAUCUCAUUAAUAAAAAUCUGUUUUCUCCUCCAGUGUCACCUGGAAACUGAUAAUUAAUCAUUAAAGUUAUUGAUCAGAAGCC